AACCUUAUGUUUGUAGAUGACAUGUGUCUGUUCCCUCUGAUACAGUGACGUUAUGUUUGUAGAUGACAUGUUUCUGUUCCCCCUGUUACUGUAACCUUAUGUUUGUAGAUGACAUGUGGCUGUUCCCUCUGUUGCUUUAACAUUAUGUUUGUAGAUGACAUGUGUCUGUUCCCUCUGAUACUGUAACCUUAUGUUUGUAGAUGACAUGUGUCUGUUCCCUCUGAUACUGUGACCUUAUGUUUGUAGAUGGCAUGUGUCUGUUCCCUCUGAUACUUUAAACUUAUAUGUUUGUAGAUGACCUGUGGCUGUUUCCUCUGAUACUGUAACCUUAUGUUUGUAGAUGACAUGUGUCUGUUCCCUCUGAUACUGUAAACUUAUAUGUUUUUAGAUGACAUGUGUCUGUUCCCUCUGAUACUGUACCCUUAUGUUUGUAGAUGACAUGUGUCUGUUCCCUCUGAUACUGUGACCUUAUGUUUGUAGAUGACAUGUAUCUGUUCCCUCUGAUACUGUGACAUUAUGUUUGUAGAUGACAAUUGUGUCUGUUCCCUCUGAUACUGUGACGUUAUGUUUGUAGAUGACAUGUGUCUGUUCCCUCUGAUACUGUAACCUUAUGUUUGUAGAUGACAUGUGUCUGUUCCCUCUGAUACUGUAACCUUCUGUUUGUAGAUGACAUGCCCUUGAACGCUAAGCUUUUUAUGGAGGAACCUGCAGCCAUGGAUAUCUACAUGUCUUGUAUACAGACUUUUGCCAAAGAAGAAGGGCUAUUGAAGAAAAUGACGGGAUUAAUGGCUAACCUGUCUGAAGUGCCUGUGUUGAGAAAACCUCUGAUGACAGAAGAACUGAUGGCCUUAUACUGUGAUUUAAUGGACUCUCAGUUGGACAAAGAUGGUGUGAGUUACCACGCAACAUCUGUCAUGGCAACAAUGGUAAUUGAUCCAGCAAGAACCUGGACGAUAAACACACCAGCACGCAGUGAUGUAUUGGUCAAAAUAGUGGACACAGUGAACCGAUGGGACCUUGACUCCAAAAUGAAGAUUAAGUACCGAUCUCUGCGACCAAUCCUGGAGCUGAUUGUGGAGUAUGAGACACCAGAGGCCCAACUGUGGGCGACGUGGGCGCUAUGUAACCUGACCCGGUCUAAAGCUGACCGAUACUGCCCAAUGCUGGAACUGGAGGGUGGUCUCUCCCUGUUGGAGCAGUUGAUUGAGGAUGAGCGUGUCCUUCCUAAAGCGGCCACACUUGCUACUAUGUCCCUUCAGCAGUGCUCCAACUACAAACUUUCAUUAGAGGAAAAUAGCUCAGGAGAGAACCCUGUGGAAUAACCGACAUUAAUCAAUGCAGGAAGAGGUGUUGAAUCGCUAGGUUUUUAUAGUUGUGGCUCCCAUAGCCCAGUGUGUUUACAUUCUUAUUGCCAUACACCUAUGGUCCCUUCCCUGUUUGAAACUCAUUGUAGCAACUUCAAACUCUGAUAACUUCACUUUCUUAUAGAAAAUGUUUUUACUUCAUUGGAUUCAAUAGACAACUAUAAACACAUUAUCUGAAGGUGAUCACAGUUUCUCCCACCCUUUUAGGCUGGAAAAGAUCAGCUUGUCACCCCCUAGGGGAGAUAGCCUCAUGCAGAAUGGUGUGAUCUAAGUCAUAAUAAUAGUAUGACGUCAUGUCAUCAAUGCAUUGCUGUCACAUCAACAGUAGCAGACCAUAUGACGCAAGAAUAGCACUACAGUGCUAAUGUUAUUAUGUUACAUGUAUAUGCGACAAUAAAUAAAGCCUCUUGACUCUUGACAACUUUGGAUUUGCUGGAAAACAUGAAAAAACGUUUAUAUUUCAUGCAAUGACCGCUUAUUGCCUGAUUUGUGAGUGAAACAGGAUUGGAGAAAAACAAUCAUCCCCUACCUUAAGGGUGUGACAGAGAAAUGGCAAAGCCUCGGGUAAGACAAUCAAGAAUAUCCUCCCUCAGGUUGAAGAUUUCUCUGUCACACCCUCAAGGUAGGGGAAGAUUCUAUUAAUCUCCUCCUGAAGUAAGGAUCAACACUUGGAAAGUUUCAAUGAUCAGUAGUCUAUACACAACCCAUACAGAUAGUGUACCUGCAGCUCAGGUUUUGGUAUCUCAGAAUUGUUUAUCAUUUUUCAGCUCACCUGUCCAAAGAGCAAGUGAGCUUAUGCCAUGGCCUGGCAUCUGUCGUCCAUCUGUCCAUCUGUCAACUUUUCCUUUUAAAAGCUGCCAGUCCUGAACACCUUAGUAGAUUUUAACUAAAGUUGGCCUGGAGUAUCCUCAGCUAAAGGGGAUUCAAUUUUGUUAAAUGGAAGGUAUUGCCCCCUCCCCUCGGGGGCUGAGGGGUUAUAGCUGAAAUUGAGGUAAAUCAUUUAAAUUUAUUCUCCUUCUGUACAAAUUGAGGAAUUUGAAACCAUAUUUAGUCUAGAACAUCCUUUGGCAAGGGGAAUUUACUUUAAAUAAUAAUAAUAAUAAUUGGAGGUUCUUAUAUACUGCUUUAUCACAACCUAGUUUGUAGGUCGUCUCAAAGCGAUUCACAAAUUAUUAUCUGUGUUUAUAGGGCCUUCGCAACCAGCCGCCAACAUCUUUCUUAACUCCCUGGGAAGGAUACAGCCGGUGCUGCCAUUUCACGCUCACAGCUAGCAUUCUACAAUU